UUUGAAGCCAUGGCGCCUUCUCCUUAUCGAAUUGCCGUCCCCGAGUCUCGUCUUGAAGACCUCCGGAAGCGACUUGAUCUUGCCACUUUUCCGGACGAGCUCGAAGAUGCAGAGUGGGCCUAUGGAAGCCCUUUGGCCGACGUCAAGAGGCUUACGUCCCACUGGCGAAACGCCUUCGAUUGGAGAAAGGUAGAGGCGAAGCUGAACGAGCUUCCCAACUUCAAGACAGAUGUCACCAUAGAUGGCUUUGGAGACACUGAGCUGCACUUCCUACACCAGCCGAGUUCUACACCUGAUGCGGUACCUCUGCUCUUCGUUCAUGGCUGGCCUGGCAGCUACGUUGAGGUGACCAAAAUGCUUUCUGCUCUAGGCACCAGCAGCAACGGUAUCAGUUUCCAUGUCGUCGCACCUUCUCUGCCAAACUUCGGAUGGAGCGCAGGUAUCAAGAAGAAAGGAUUCGGACUCGGCCAGUAUGCGGAGGCGUGCCAUCGUCUCAUGGUGCUUCUUGGGUACAAUAACAUUGGAUUGCUCUAUCCAGACUCUUGCCUGGCUUCCCACAUCAACAUGGUCCGAGCAAGUCCUCCGGAGUUCUCCACGAAUCCUCUACUCGCUAUUCAACAUGCUGUAACUCCAUAUACCGAGGAUGAACAAAAAGGACUCUCUCGGAGCGAUUGGUUUGCGAACGAGGGUAGCGGCUACAGAAUGAUUCAAAGUACAAAGCCGCAGACUGUUGGUUAUGCACUUGCCGACAGCCCAGUCGCCUUACUCUCCUGGAUCUACGAGAAGCUUCAUGACUGGACAGAUAGUUAUCCGUGGACUGAUGAUGAGAUAUUGACCUGGAUCUCGAUCUACUGGUUCUCCCAAGCUGGGCCAGCCGCCUCGCUUCGUAUUUACUACGAGGCAACUCACACCUCGUCUGAGGCAACUCGUGAACGUGUCCAGCGCUACAUUGAGAGAGUCCCGCUAGGACUGUGCUAUGCGCCAAAGGAGCUCACUAUCGUUCCAAGGACUUGGGGAAGAACCCUAGGCCCAGUAGUGUUUGAGAGUGAGAAACGAGCUGGAGGCCACUUCCUUGCCUACGAACAGCCAGAAGAGAUUGUCGCUGACCUUCGAGCUAUGUUUGGAUCUGGGGGCGCAUGUCAUAGCAUAUUCGAGUCUUGA